AUGAGGAGGCACAGCUCCAAGAGCAGAGUAGCCCUAGCUCCAGUGCCUCGAGGUCCUGAUGCCUGUCAGAUGAUAACCAGAGCCCAGCUCGGCCAGGAUCGCCCACAGAGAACAGUGCUGACUGAUAAUGGGCAGUACAGGAGGACCUGUGGUCAGGGGAUCCCAACAAUCAGGUGUUUCUCUGGAUCAGAAAAUGUCUUCCCUCCAGCUGGAAAGAAAGUGCUCUCAGUCCAGGAGCCAGCCAAGCAAGGAUUUGAUAUCUACCUGGAUGAGUCUGAGCAGAAGGACAGAGACAGCUGUACAGGGAAAGAGGAGAUGACAUUUGAGGAUGUGUAUGAGGUAGACACCAGCACACUCAAGUCAGACCUUCACUUCCUGCUGGAUUUUAACACAGUUUCCCCAGUGGUGGUAGAUUCAUCUCUCCAUUCCCAGUCUGAAGAUGCAUCAGAUUUUGGUACAGAUGUGAUAAAUGUGACUGAAUAUGCUGAAGAAAUUCAUCAGUACCUUAGAGAAGCUGAAAUAAGACAGAGGCCUGAAGCACACUGCAUGAGGAAGCAACCAGACAUCACAGAAGGCAUGUGAACUAUUCUGGUGGACUGGCUCGUUGAGGUCGGCGAAGAGUAUAAGCUUCGAACAGAGACUCUCUACCUGGCUAUCAACUUCCUGGACAGGUUUCUUUCAUGCAUGUCUAUUCUGAGAGGGAAAUUGCAGCUUGUAGGCACAGCAGCUAUUCUUCUGGCUUCGAAAUAUGAAGAAAUAUAUCCACCUGAAGUAGACGAGUUUGUCUACAUAACUGAUGAUACUUAAACAAAACGCCAACUGCUAAGAAUGGAACAUCUGAUCCUGAAAGUCCUGGCUUUCGAUCUCACAGUGCCAACCACCAACCAGUUUCUCCUUCAGUACUUAAGGAGACAAGGAGUGUGCGUCAGAACUGAGAAUCUGGCCAAGUAUGUAGCAGAACUGAGUCUUCCUGAAGCUGACCCAUUCUUGAAAUAUCUUCCUUCAUUGAUAGCUGCAGCAGCUUAUUGCCUGGCCAACUCUACUGUGAACACACACUUCUGGCCAGAAACCCUUGCUGCAUUUACAGGCUCUUCAUUAAAUGAAAUCGUGCCUUGCCUGAGCGAGCUGCAUAAAGCAUGCCUUGAUAUAGCCCAUCGAUCACAGCAAGAAAUUAGGGGGAAGUAUAAGGCUUCAAAGUACAUGCACGUGUCUCUGAUGGAACCACCUGCAGUUCUCUCUCUGCAGUAA